AUGCGACUUUUACGACUUGAAGCCGACGGCUUUUUCAGACUGAAGGAGCAUAUUGGCAGAGACAUUCCACCAUACGCAAUUCUCUCACACACUUGGGGACCAGAUCAAGAGGAACUCACGAUUCAGGACGUGUUGGAAGGAGGAGGAAAGAGCAAAUCAGAAUAUCGUAAGCUUACGUUCUGUGGAAAGCAAGCUGCAAAGGACAGCCUCGAGUGGUUCUGGCUGGACACAUGUUGCAUCGACAAGUCUAGUAGUGCCGAGCUCACAGAAGCAAUCAACUCCAUGUUCCGUUGGUACGCUAAUGCCGCCAAAUGUUACGUCUAUCUGUCCGACGUUUCUGUCGACAGCGCUAAAGGGAAGGGCCAAUUGCCUCGAGCAACAUGGGUACCAAGCUUUCAGCGAAGUAGAUGGUUUACGCGGGGCUGGACACUACAAGAGCUACUAGCUCCAAAAUCCGUCGAAUUUUAUUCUGCAGAGGGCGAGUACCUUGGAGAUAGAAAGUCACUGGUCCAAGAGAUCCAAACCAUUACUGGAAUCAACAGUAAGGCUCUCGAGGGGAGCCCACUUUCACACUUCAGUGUUGAAGAGAGGAUGUCAUGGGCUGCAAAUCGAGAUACGAAACGCGAAGAAGACGCCGCAUACUGCCUAUGGGGAAUAUUCGGCGUUUUCAUGCCAGCUAUUUAUGGAGAAGGCAACAACGCUUUCAAAAGGCUGCAGAAAGAAAUUGAAGAGUGGCCGACAUGGACAUUUUGCCAAUGA